AUCGUUUACGAACCAUUCUUUCUGUUGUAUAACAGCACUUCUUUGUAGUUUAGUAAUAUAAUACGCAAAUCGUUCAGCUCAUUCACUUUUAUAUUGCUCAAAAUUUAUACUAAAAUAGGUCUUUCAAAUUAAUGAAUAUUUCAUUCUCCAAAAAGUAAAAAAUAUCAACAUGGAUAGACAGCGACAGCGCCAAAGGAUCUCAGACUCAGAUCUCAUCUUCUUUCCUUUCCCUGUCUAUCACCUAUCAUCUAUCAUUUAUCAGUUUGUUCUUGUUCUCGUUCUUAUCAGUUCUCAUAGGCUAGUGUUUUGAACAUAGUAAAUUAUGGUGCGGAUUCGUCCUUGCUCCGUUCCCGAUUGCCACGAUAAAGUUAGCCGCAGAUAUCAUAUUCCGACCGAUAAAGUUAUUAGAGACAUAUGGCUCCAACGAAUUGGAAAUCCAAAGUUGUCAGAAACUGAAGAAAAGAAUAUAAAAUAUUAUGUUGUGUGUGCUAAUCAUUUUCAUUCAAAAUGCAUUCAGGCAAAUGGAAUUUUAUUAUCUAACUCAUUGCCAUCAUUAAAAUUAAAAAAAAAUACAGAUACUGCAAUGUUGAGUUCUUUUUUGGAAGUACAAAAAGAUAUAACAAUGAUUACACCUGAAAAAGUUAGAGAUGCAAUUAAAAGAACUUCAGAACCUACACGAUUAUCACCUAUUGAGGAGUUGACUGUUUCCAAACCAAAAAAAAUUUACCCUGCAAAACGUUUAUUUGGUAUUGAAAAUGCACCAUCAACUUCCAAGGGAAAUGUCGCUUUGUCACAUUUGAAUGAAGAAUAUGAUGAGGGAUUUUAUAAAGUUAAUCAUUCAUCAAAUGAAGAUACUGUAAAAGAAGUGGUAGAAAGCAGAACAUUAGGGAAAUGUAAUUCCAAUGAGGGGAUGUUAACUUUGGUAGGAGUUAAAAGGCACUCCUUGUUGUCACCUCAUGCUAAAACUUUAUAUCUAGCUGCAAACAAGCAGCUGCGAACAGCCAACAGAGUAAACAAGCCUGUAUCAACGAAAAAAAAAGAAUUAAGUUAGGCAAACCGAAAAAAAAAAAGUUUUGGACAUUCAGUAAAUUAUCCGUACCUCAACAAAAUAGCAAGUGGCUCCUCCCAGUAUCCAAGAAGCCUCCAAGAAGUACUCCUCCCAGUAUCCAAGAAGUACUCCUCCCAGUAUCCAAGAAGUACUCCUCCAAGUAUCCAAGAAGAAUACUCUAUACCUUCAAAUAUUGUCUCCAACAAGAAGAGGCUACUCUACCGCUAAGUACUGUCUUUACUGUCUCAAAGAAGAAGUACUGUCUCCAAGAAGAGUACUCUACCUCCAAGGACCGUCUCUAAGAAGAAGCUCUAAAACGUAUUAAUGAACUUAAGUGGUUAAAAGUUAACAAUUUAUUUCAGCUACAUUUUCUAACUUUCUUGUACCGUUUAUUUAAAAAUAGGAUUCCAUUAUACUUGUUUGAAAAGGUAAUUUUUAGAAAUGCCGUCCACAAUUGUAACAUCCGAUUUAAUACUCUUACAAUGCCACACCAUUCUACUGCACUGUAUGAGCGUUCUUUUACCUAUAAUUUAGUUAAGUUUUAUAAUUUGUUUCAGCAUCUUAUGUAUCUACCUUCAAUUAACAAUUUUCGUUACACUAUUAAAAAUAUUCUCCUUAACAGGCAAUAAAUAAUUGUUUUCUGAACAUUUAAUUUAAAUUCUAUUUUAUAUUUUUUACUUAAUUACUAUUGUUUGACAACUCUUUUAAUGCUUUUGUCCUUUUUUAACUACUUUUUUCAUUUAUUUAUUUUCAUUUUCUUUUGUAAACCAAGAAGGUUAAGAGUUAAAGAGUAGCUUCAGCUAAUCUUCGCCUUCUUGGUGCAAAUGUAAUGUAAUAAUUUAUUUAAUAAAGACAUUAUUAUUAUUAUUAAGAAGCUCCAAACUCCUCCAGGAAGCUCCUAGUUGCCUCUAACUAUAAAAAGGAAAGUACCGUAUCUACGUACUAAAAUACCACCAUCUAUCAGUAUCGUCAGUAAAUUUUAUUACUCAUUCAUUCAACUCAUU